GAUGGCGAUCUGUGCUAAAGAUCGGAAGGCAGUGAUGCUGUCAUCACUACUAUCUCUUAAGAUAGACCAGCAUGGUUGGUCACUAGUGGAGUGCUCUUGAAUGGUUUCUCUGUAGGAACAGCAGUACAGUGGACAAGAGAAGAUUCGAUGGUAUUUGUUGUCCAACAUCUGACAAUUCGCAGUUGUUGGCAACCCUUGCCUUGAAUGCUGUGAAGGUGAUGUCAUGGCCAUGCAAGAGAGACAUUACUUAAGUGUCUGUGCUCCUGCUUGAAUAGCGAGGAAACAACUUUUUGCUCCUCUCAUCGAUGUUGUCCAGUAUCUCACCCGGAUUUAUUCUAGGGUUCAGUAGGAGAUGUUUAUUCCAAGUGAAGUCCAUAAAGCGGGUUAUUUCGUCUUUUGAAUAGCUGACAACACCGUUGUGGACACUAGGCAGAAGGUCUAUUCUGCUUCUGUUGAGCUCGUUAGACCCCCUUGUCCACGUUCUCCAUACCUUCACUGAUUGUCCUACUAAAUUGGCGUUUGACCCAUCAUUCAUUGUUGAGUAUUGAGGAUGUUUAUGUCAGCAGGUCAAUGGACUUUACUUUGCUCCACUUCACUUCUCAAUAGAAACUAGUCCGUACCGAAUACAGAGAACUCAGAACAUCCUGUAUGACUAAGUAUUAGAAGUUUGUACAUUAAGUAUUACAUUAAGUAUUAUAUUAUGCAGUGAUGAAUGCUUUAAUAUAAAAUGUUAAAUUGUCCUUGACAGCAUCAAAAAUAUCAAUCACAACCAAAGUUAAGAAUAGCCUUAGCGUGAGGCGUGAGCGUAAUGUGAGCUAAUCAUAAAAUUCUAAAACAACUAUAAUUAUAACUACAUAUCAUUUUGCGGAACUUUGCUUAAAAUUUUGAAUUUUAACUCCAUUUUAAAACUGAAAUUGGUCAAUGGAGGGUAAAUUUGUUGUGUUCUUAUGCUGUUGCCGAGCAUAAGCCGGUAAAAUCUCUUGAAAAGUGUGUUUCUAGAGCAAAACGCGCAGUUUUGCCUAUACUACUAGUACCAUAGUUAAGUUUUUCCAAAUUGUCCCACAUUCAAACACCGAUUUGGCGCCCCCCACUCCUUAGAUUGGGCCAUUUCAGCGGGUCGGCGCGGCAGGGCCUUUCGUUGAGCCACUGUGUUAAUGCGCCCGUGCACGUUCAAACAUUCUAGAUGACCACAGGCUUUCUAGUACAUAUUAUAUAUAUUGCAGGGUGUUCACCAAACAUUUGUAUGGUAUUAAACAUUUGUAGGUUAAUUUACAAAGGAGCAAGCGCUCAUUUUCAUUGGCUGGAUAUACAGAGAUGGAUGGCAUUCAUUCAAAAUCAACCAAGUCAGAUAUCAAAACUUUAACAUAUUUCUCAAAAUUUCGAAUAUUGUGAGGCAACAUUCACGGCAACAUAUGUGGAGAAUAUUUAUUAUUUUCCCCUAUACUAGUUUGGACCAAUUACUGCGGUAAAGAAAAAAACCUGAUAUAGAGAAGUUCACAUGAUCCAAAUCCCCAGUAUCUGUAGACUCUCAGAUAAGGCAUGGUAUAUAGAGGGUUGACUGUAAAAGAAUACCUUAUGUACCACAACCUGUAUUAUAUUGUCUCCAUAAUCUACAAGUGCCUUUUUUUCUUGAAAUAAGAAUAUCUAAAUACUACACUGUACAUCUAAAUUAUCAUCUGGAUUCUUGAUGAGCUAAGUAUUCUUUUCAUGCUUUUUUAAUUUUGAAGAAAAAUGUUAGAAAAUCAGAAUGAUCAUUGACAAGGCAGAGACACUACAGAUACAAUAUGGUAUGAUCACCUUGAUAAUUUGUUACAUAUCCUGUAAUUAUGUGCACAUUAUAUAUACUUUGCCUUGGUUUCAGUAAAAAAGUAGCUGACAGUUUUAAGAUUGACUGCCUAGCCUCUAAUCUGAUAUAUUUGUAUCUAUUUUUAAAUUACAUGUAAGUUGAAAAGAGAUACAAAUAUAUAUUUAUACACUGUUACAUGUUUCAGGCGAUAGAACUUAUAAUAAUUUGUAUUGUGUAUGUGACACAAAUAAAAGUUUAUGCUAAUAAAUAGAUAUUCCUGUAUAGCUUCAUUUUAAACGGAUCAUAAAAAACUGUGGCAUUUUGUUGUAAAUAUUGAAACUUUAAUGCUAGCUUAAAAACUUUUAUUAAAGCAAAACUAACAGCAUAUUUUUAGGAAUGUGUUUUGUGUGUGGACAAGUGAAAUGAACAGACGGCUAACAAGAAUUAACAGGAAUUUAUCGACCUUCUAAAACUACAAACAUGAUGAACCAUCAAGACAUAUUUUCUGGUUUGUUUGGGGGUGUUGGAGGUCUCUUUUCAUCAGCAGAGGCAAUGCUUCAUCAGGCAUUCCAUCCCAAAAGUGACGACAUAACAGUGUCUUUGGAAAUAACUUUAAGCGAUGUAUAUCUUGGAAAGAAGAAAUCAGUUGUUCUCGAUCGUAAGAAGGGUUGUGGAGGAUGUAGAGGAGCAGGGAGAGUCAUGACACCCUGCAGAGCUUGUCAAGGUCAGGGUAUCUCAAUGGCUGCCAUUCAACCAUUUCCAGGAUAUAUUCAGCAGGUCGCCCAGGAAUGUCAGCUAUGUAGAGGUACAGGUUAUGCAGGGAGGGGAAACUGUCCCACUUGUCAUGGACAAGGAGCCAUGGUGGAGAAACGCCAGGUGGACGUCAGAGUGCCCAGGGAUUGUAAAAAGAACCAUGAGCUUGUAUUCGACGGUUUAGGACACCAUCUGCCGGGAGAGGAGUCAGGCGAUGCUGUUGUGGUGUUGCGCGUACAAGAUCACCCCUUCUUCACGCGCCGUGGUGCGCACUUAUUUGUGGAAAAAGAAAUCUCCUUGACGGAGGCCCUUUGUGGGGUUGAAGUAGUUGUGAAUACUUUGGACGGCAGAUCUUUACUGAUCCGAAACAACCCUAGUGCGAUGAUAAAACCAUCUUCAAUACGCGUGGUCGAGAGUGAGGGGAUGCCGGUGCGGAUAAACCGCUCUCAAAACCUUACUUACGGCAACCUCUACAUCAAGUUUAAGGUCAAAUUCCCCGAGUCUCUGGACCAUGAAACCUGUGAGAAGUUAAAGUGUUUAAUGACCGCCAGUCCACCCAUAGAAAUAGAUCGGAGUAGAGAAGACGUGGAAGAAGUAAGGUUAGACGAAUUCGACACUACAGUAUCCAGGAAUCCGCUCGAUGAGGAAUCAGAUGAUGAUUACAGCUUCGGUGAGGGUAUUCAAUGUGUUCACCAAUAAGAACAGUGUUAACAGUGUCCACCAAUAAGAACAGCGUUAACAGACACCUUCCCGAUACAAUCAAUGCGCGUCACAUAUCUGCACGUGCAAAAACAAUUCACUCUGUGCACUCCUUUCUUAGCGCCAUCUUAGUAAAGUUCGAGUUAACUUGUGACAGUAGUCUUAAUGUGGCAAGAGUGAACAUUGAACAGCCCCUGCAGCCUGCCAUUACGUAAUGAUUCUAGGCUAAUCAAGACACCAACGUUUCUAUCAACGUGGUAAAUUCUCGCUUAUUCUCCUAAAAUGCGUAUUUCAAUUUAAUGGUGUAUCUGCUACUAUUAUCACUGUCAAUUGCGUCAAUUGAAAUCUAUUUAUUAAGGAAAGAUAAUCAUCUACAGUAACUUCUUCUUUCUCCUAAUUAACCUUGUGUCAGCUUCUUGACGGCAUAUUUUCAUACUUUGAGUAGAGAUGGGUUUUAUUUGAAUGAAUUUUUACCUUAACUUUUCCAUCCAUUCUGUUAGAAUAAGCAUUUCUUAGGAGGUAUCUUGAUGUUUAAAUCACUUAUAUUUCUGAGAUGGAAGUAAUUAAAUGAUUUACUAACAUUGGACUGAUCGCCGAAUUCAGUAUUUUCUUUUUCUUUUUUAGGGCCUCAGAUUUAUAUUCUUACACACGAUGCCUUUGUAAAGCAGUAUCCAUAUUUGAAUUUUUUGCUAAUUUGAAUCGUUUAAAUAUUUGGGUGUCCUAUGUGGCGACAAUGCAAAUGGAUAAAUUACGAUUUGUCCAUCUCAUUUUGACAUUUUGGUCUCUAUUAACCUGCCAGAUUAAACUUUACCUAAUUAGAUAAAUCCAAAUAAGGAAAGUAAGUCAAAUGGUGUUUUAGAAAUUUCCAAGUCUUGAAAUGUACACAUUUUUAAAGGAUCAACUGAAUUUGUUCAUUUAAUCUAGCCAUUAAAUUAUCAGGAAUUAUACGAUCGCGAUGAAGGGCAACCAUAAAAAUGUUUUAAAGAUGUUAAUAUUUAAUUGUAUUCUUUUCAAAACAUGAAAUGGCCGAUGAACAAAAAAUGUUUCGCUUAUUAUCGAUUUCUUUCAAAAUUAUUUGCCAAAUAUUUGAUAUAUUCA